UGCUUCUCAGCAAUAUUCAAAGGCCACUUUGAGCUCUACGCCUAUCCCUAAGCACUUUGCCGGCCUCUUUCAGAGACGGCGAGCUUGAAGUCGUACGGCUAUAAAUUGCUGCCAGCUGUGAUUGCAAUUCGAAUAGAGCCUUGCUCAGAUGGCGUGGUCUGGAGUGGGAAUUGGCGAUAUCCUUUCAGUCACAAAGCUGGCAUGGGACCUAUAUCAUAACUGCUUCCUUGUUGCUCGCGAAGCCCCAGAUGAGUUUCGGCAGUUGGUGAAUGAGCUUGGCUCAUUGCAGAGCGUAUUACGCACCUUGCGCGACGAUGUUAAUUCCGACAAGCAGUUCCUGGAUCGAAUGGGGGAGCAAAAGAGGCAGACACUCCAACGCUGUUUAGCCGGCUUAUUUGACACGCUUCGAAAACUUGAAAAGCUCGUCAUCAAGUAUCGGGAGCUGGGAACUAGAGACGGAUUACAAUUUUGGAGGAAGAUAAAAUGGGUCACGGAGCAAAAGGAUAUCUCAACCCUGAGAGCAAAAAUCAUGCUGCACAGCUGCAAUUUGAGCCUCUGUAUGACUGCAAUUGGGAACUCCUCCUUAGCUCGGAUAGAAAGGAUAUCUAUCGCCGCACUGAAUCGCCAGCCGUCCGGACAGGAAAAUGAAAAUACUGCGGACGAAUCUAUGGAGGCCAUUACACCUUCAACUACGGUUGAUCAGCCCGAGGUGCCUGUUGGCUCAGCGGCAAAUGCACAAGAUCUCUCUCGUCGACUGGCAGACUUUAAAAUGAUGGAGCGCGGCCCAGCUGACUCGGCGUCUUCCUUGAGCGGAGAUGACGGCCCUUAUUCAUUCCCAAUAACAGCAAAAAAACGCUCGCCUCUGAGCAAUAAAACUAGAAUGGGGAGUGGAUCGAACGUGGUAGAUCUCAAGGGGGUUCCGCCUAGUCCUCGACAGUCUGUCGACAGUAGGGAAGGACAAAAAACUAUCAUACCAGAUAAUCUGUCUAUGGAAAUGGCGGUAGAUGUUCAGAGCGAACUUGGGAAAAAUGCUCUAGAGGAAGUUGUCGAAGAGGCAAUGAAGGAAUUGUCAAAGGUUCGGUAUCGCGAACAGAAAUCUAGACCUUUACGGAUUGUACCUCAGAGCUCGGUUCAUAAACCAGACGAAAUGCUGAAAAAGGAGUUUGAGAACCUCACUAGCGAUGAACUCAAAAUACGAAGACUGAACGCUCGUGACUGGUUGAGAGUAGCGACUUGGUGGUUAUUGAAGGCCAAGAGUGGACUGGAAAGAUGCGAGCAAAUUCUGACGACAAAUAAUCGACCGAGUUCCAGUCCUUCGCACGACUCUGCACCUUCGUCCAGUCAAGCUUACGUUGAUCUCUUGAAAGCAUCAUGGAUACUGUACGACAUAGUGCUAACGAAUGAAGAUUUUACCUCAUCAUUACAGACUGAUGAGAAUAGAAAACUCUUUCUAUAUCUUUCUGACGCAAUUAAUGAGAAUUGGUCUCUUUUUCGCUUUACCGAAGUCCCAGAUAAGACAAUGAUAUAUCGUCAAGAUUUGAGCAUCUGGGAGCGGCUUCAACCUGGGGAAGAACUGGCGGGGUUCGAUUCAGUUCUUCCCGUACUCGAGAAUGACAAAUGGAUUACAGUGGAACAAGAUGACGCUGGAAAUGAAGAUGAAAGGGUCUUAUUCCGAACUUUUGUCAAUGCUGAGAUUGGCGCAAAAGCAUUGCGUAUGAAAUCUAAGGGAGCCCCAUAUCUCCUACUAGUAUCGACAAAGGAAGGGCACAGCGAACCAAUUGUUACUCUGUGCAACCAAAGUGGAUCUCUCAAUCUUUCUAGAGACUUAACACCCAAAGAUCUUGUCGACGCUCCGAACAAAAUUGGAAUGCAGCCAGUGGCUGUUCCUUUGAACUUUGACCAAAGCCGAGUGUCUUUAUCAUUUACAACCAGCGCCGACCUUGACCGCUUUAUGUACAUUCCGAGGGAGUACUUUAGAGCAGUCAAAAGAAGGGAACCGCGAGAGUUAAUUGAUGCAACGGAAACACUGAUUUUCAGAAGUGCACUGGAAAUGUACGAGACACUUAAAGCAUCAACGAUGAAGCCUUGGAACCCUCGACGAGUGUGGAAUUCAUGUGAUCUGCGCGUGUUGGAGACAAGUGGAAGGGAGGGAUGGCGGACAACCCGACGGCUGGUCAUAAGCUCCUCAGCAGCAGAGCGUGAUCCUUGGUGUGUCGAAAUAUUUCUGCCCAUGAGUCGAGUCCAGGUUCAGAGGCAAAGCGGCUCCAGACAAGUGGUAGCAAGAUGGUCUGAUUGUGCUCAAGAGGUGAUCCGAUCUGAUGGAAAAUAUCACAACAUCUAUUCGUACGUCUACGAUGAUAUGGCACCAAACAUUGGCAUAGACAUUCAUUUCUCAUCAGAAAUGGAUGCGGAAGCCUUCGAGAGGGUGGUCUUAUCACUCAACCGUUCCCCUACAAAAGAAUCAAUACUCGGCGAAGAGAAGCGCGCCGUUCAUGAGAUCUACGACUUGGAACCGAAACCGAUGCACUACAAGGCAUUGAUGAUCACUUAUAAUAACCUAACAUGGAAGUAUUCGGAACUCUACUACAUGUACGCCGACACAGACUAUCGCUACGACCAUUCCAAGUUGAAUUUGCAUCUCGACAAAGUUUAUCGUGUCAACUACGUCUCUACUCACAUCGAGAAGCUCUACCAGCCACCAAAAGAUCAAAGACCCUCUUUUUCUCACUGCGAAAGAAAAAUUACACACAUUAAAAUUCAGUUUAACGACGAAGCCGAUGCGAUGACUUUUAUGGGCGCACUGACAUACAGACAUGAAUUGCUCUUUUCUCGGCGGGUCCGGUGGAUUAAGGCAAAACCCCGUUCGCGCUUUGGAUCGUCCAAGUCCAACAAGGGUGCCGCAGAAGUACAGAUUUGGCGAAAAGCAAAUCAACUGUGCGUGGCCAGUCGGUGGGGAGAUCAUGUUACGGACAAGUGGAUGACUAUGAUCGUUCCUCGAAAUGCGCGAUCCUUUAGAGAUCAUCGUGACUCGGACCAAGCUGUCCUGCAACAAGUGGAAUUCCGUCGGGGCAGUCAAAUAGACAUGAGCAAUCUCGUGGCGCGAGAUCCCAAAGACCCGGCACAAUUGAACAAGACUUCGCCCGUGACAAUUGUUUUUGAGACUGUGAGAGAUUGUGACGAAUUUGUUGCUAUACUGGAAGGAAGCCCUUUGCCUCCGAGAGGAAAUCCUACUCACAUGGAAGGACUUUUAGGUAACGGAAUUGCUUGGACCACGAACUUUUAGAACCAUUCACUCGACCCGUCCUACAUGUUAGCGUUUAAUCGCCGAGAAGCUUCAAGAGGUCUUUCUUGUCCUUUUCUUUUCGAGUAUGUCAUCACAGGUCGAACAAAACUUUACUGACGGGCGUAAU